CUUGCUGGGUGGUGGUGUUGGACAAAUGCGAAGGAAGAUGACUGCUGAGUUACUGGAGCGCGAGAUCGGCGGCCUUCCCCACGUCCACUUAAAGAAAUCCUGAGCUAUGACCAUGGCCGAUGGUAUGCGCGCGCAGCUCUCGAAGCUCUCCACUCCACGCAGGCUAUCGCACACCAAGACACAUCGCUCCACACUACCCCGACCACUAUACCGACAAUACUACCGGCAAGCUUGUAGUAGCCAAACGCUUUCUUAGCUUUCAUCAUGGCCGACCCAUUCGAGGUCCGCCAACGCUUUACAACGCUACUCUCUCACCUCAGCGCAUCGCAUACCUCCCUCCAAAAAGCCGCGUUCUACGCGCUCAAGAAUCGCGAACUGGACGAAGACCUUCAUUCCUGCAUUCUCGAACAGCUCGAACGCACCAAUAUGAACACGCGCGCAAACAUCAUGUUCUUCAUCGAAUGCCUCUGCGAAUACGCCGUAAAAGACAACAACUCAGGAGAUCCCAGCGCAAUGGGCUACGUCCGCAUGCUGCAAAGAGACAUCUUAGCGGUUGUCGAAUGCGUAGUGGGUGAAGAAGGAGCAAACAUCCGCGUUGUGCGCAAAGUCCUGAAGACCCUCGAGAACCUCUCCAUCCUGUUGAAGGAAACUGUUCAAGAACUUGAAGCUGUUCUAAAGUCCAGAGAGGUUGCACAUCCAUUUAUGGCAACCGAUUCCUCCAAUCCCAAAGAUGGCUCCACAACACUACCAAGUCGGAGUGGUGGGCAGAGGAUGGAUAAACGGCAGAUUGAACAGAGAAUUGAGGAGGAUAGAGAGAGACAUAAGAGGAUGCGGGAGAGUAUUUGGGCGGUGCCUGGAGAUGGGUAUGAGGAGUUGGAGAAGCUGUGGGAAGAGGCUAGCGACAUCAACGAGGAUGACUAUGUCACGGCAAGGGAAGAUGCGGAGGAGAGGAGGAAGGUCAUUGCUUUUGGGUAGGACCCUAGCAAAGACUGGGAGAGCAUUGAAGCUUGGCAGAAGGCCAAGGCUGCCGCGGAGGCUUCUGCGGGGUCUCUAAUUACUGCAAGACAAGAGGACUCAGGGAAUGAUGCAGACAGCGAGAGUUCGAAGAUGCUGUCAUUUGGAAAUGGCUCCUAGAACAGUAUGCGGAAGGAAGUUCAUCCGGAUUCCUGGCGUUCAUCGGAUCCAUAAAGGUAUUGUCACAGCAUGAGCUAGGCGUUAGGGCAGAGAUACCACGGGCUUGUCUUAUGACGCCCACAUUGUUAUUGGAGUUUUGAGUAUACUGAAUACAUCCAUGAUCAUUCCAAACAUAUCUGUACACGCCCAUGUGCAAUGCUAUGAUACAGUGUCCGUCUCUUCCUCGCUUCUGCACCGUCCCCUACUCCAUAACAACCGUAGCACCCAGCGCCUUGAGGGUCUCAAC